AUGGGGUCGUCGCAACCAGGAGCCAAAGCGUGGGCCGUGCUGGUAACGCGCGAAAACUAUGUUCCAGGCCUUCUUGCGCUGCACCGGACGCUGGCCGCCGUCUCGGCAUACCCGCUUGUCGUGCUCGUCACUCCGUCUUUGCCGGACGAGUAUCGCGCGCUGAUCACCCGCCGCGGAAUGCUUGUCUACAACAUCUCCCCUCUUGCACCACAAGGACAUGCUGGCUUCGACACCAAGUUCGAACGCUUUGCGGACACCUGGACCAAGCUCCAGGUCUUCAGUGUGCCAGGUUAUGAUCGCCUCGUGCUCAUCGACGCGGAUACAAUCUUCCUCCGCGGCAUGGACGAGCUGUUCACCAUGGAACUGCCUGAAGAUUGGAUCGCGGCAGCUCCGGCGUGCACUUGCAACCCGUUCAAGUUUGCACAUUAUCCCAAGGACUGGAUCCCUGCCAACUGCUCCUUCACUCACCAGCCGAACCCGACGACUCUGGUCAACGUUCCACAGCCGGCACCAGACGCACCGCGAGUGGCGCACCUCCUGAACUCGGGAGUUGUUGUGCUACACCCGCGCCCCGCUCUCAUGGCUGAACUCGAAGAGCACCUUCGCACGUCGCCAACUGUCGCGACCGCCCAGUUCCCCGACCAGGAAGUGCUGGCCGAUGUGUUCCGUGGGCGCUGGCGCGUGCUUCCGUGGUGGACAAAUGCCCUCAAGACGUUGCGAGCUGUACACAAGCCGCUCUGGCUGGACCAGGAGGUGCGGUUGUUGCAUUACAUUCUUGAGAAACCGUGGUCCAAACUCCCAGUCACGCCUGUGGCCCCGUACGCUCCGGCCCCGUCAUCCACUGGGGAUAAGCUGGGCCUCCCUCCAGCUCUCUGUGCUAUGGUUGCGUCGGCAGCCCCGCAGGACAGCAUGACCGACUACGACACAGUACAUGCGUGGUGGUGGGCUGUGUAUGUCGACGUGCUGCGCGGGCUGAAGGCGGAGGAGCCCGAUCUGUGGCAGGAGGUGGACAAGUGGGUGGCGCACUAG